AAGUUGCAUAAAAUGGACUGCUUGAAAUUAUUGGAAACUUUGGACGUGCUCGGUUCAGCGGGUAUUUGCAUAAGUACUGAGAAUUCACAGCUGCUACAGAAUUCGCUACUUAUUUUGCAGACGGAAAAUCAUUUUCGAAAAUGUUAUUAUUGGGGUCGAAUUAAUGGACUACAAAAUGAUUACCAUAUCGCGUACGGUUAUGAAAAGGAUUGCCUGAACGGCCGAGUAUAUUAUUAUAGCACAGAUGGCAUCAAUUGGCUGUUAUUGCCAAAAGCGACAAGGUGCGGACGAUUCUUAAGUCCUUUGGCUAUUAAUAGAUUCGAUGGUGAUCCGUCCAUUGUCACGAAUGUUUAUAACGUCAAUCCACCGUUUCCACCAAACGAGGAUCCCAAAAUUUAUUACGAUGGUCCUCUGCCAAAGGAGCUUAAGGAGGAGGAUCGUCUUGCCGCUGUCGUGGAAUUGAUCACGGAAGAUGCGAUGAUCAUUCCGCGUGGGGCCUGGUUUAAAUGCCCGAACGGCGAUGUGAUCGAGAAUCCGGGCUUCGAGGGUCUCUGCGCCUCGGAUGCCUCGCAUUUAAAGUCUUAUUUGCACGCUCGUUUACCGAAAGAAAAAUGGAACACUAAUUUACUGUCUCGACCCGAUUAUAAUUACGCGUUGGACUUUCUUGACAGCAUAGACAUGGAUGUUCCUCAAGAAUGUUGGGAUAUGCAAUUUCUUUUGGGCGGUCGCCUGGUCAUUUUACAUAGCUUAUAUUGGCACGGAAUGAUUUUCUUUCAUAAAUUAAAUUCUCCGCAUUAUGGAUUUUUAUACAUCGGGCAUGGAAAAAAGAAUCUAGAUCUUCCAUUCAUGUACUAAUAUGAAAUACAAAAAUAACUAUGCAAAAUUGUAAAGCUAGGAAUGAGUUUAAUUUAAAUUUAAAUAAUUUGAAUUUCAACCAUGAAAUUAAUAAAAGCAUGAUAUGUUUCAAACGUAUCGAGCGUGACGCAUGAAAUUGUCUACCUACAGUGUAUGAAGUAUUCUACAAAAAGUGUGCACGAACGACAUGUUCAGUCGAAACGAGUAAUCGAUACGUGCGACGAAAUAAUUCCAACCGCCAUUGUUCGUAACGUCCGGUUCCCGUCACGAAAAUCCAUUGUCCAUCCGUAUUCUCAUUCGCAUUCGCGCUUGAUAACUUUCAAAUUUGCGACAACAUUAAAUUUCGUGCUUCCUGCGGAACGCGUGCAUUCUCGCGUCAGUCUGAAAUUCAGGAUUCUACGAAAUCAAACCUGUAUAACUGCAAAAAAUGGUUUGAAUCGCGAGGAAAUGAACUCCGAGAAAUGCGCCGGAUAUCCAUAAUCGCACGAUCGAAGAAUAUACAUCGCAUCUUUUCGCUCGAGCGGACAGUACAGGCGCUUCAAACGGUCGCGACUUUCGCGCGCUUUCC